AUGCAUUUUUUAGAAAUUUGUCCCACAGAUGGCAUAUUAUAAAUAGUCUGCUGUGGUAGAUGUGCAAUAUUUGACCUCCUAUUAUUUAUCAACUUUUUUUAAAUAUUAUAUAUAACUCUUGGUUUCAGCCAAACAAAGCAUUUCCAAAUGGAUAAUUUCCUGCUGGGUUAUGUUUUGUUUUUUUAUGUUCUGUCUCCGAUAAAUUGUGACUAUCUUAUUGAAGGACUGAGAAACAUUCAGAGAAGAAGCACUGAAAAGCCAGUGGAUGACAUAGAAGUCUACAGUAUAGAUAUCAGCAGUAAAGUGAUAUCUCGUUAUGCUCAUAAUGUCAUCACGAGCAGAGCCGUUAAUCGGGCCAACAUAUCAAAAGAAGCCUUCUUUGAUGUGGAUCUACCAAAAUCAGCUUUUAUAACUAAUUUCAGCAUGAUAAUUGAUGGAGUGACGUAUGCUGGCGUAAUAAAGGAGAAGCAAGUUGCUAAAAAGCAGUAUGAAAAAGCUGUUUCAAGGGGACAGACAGCCGGACUUGUCAGGGCUUCUGGCAGGAAGACUGAGAAGUUUACUGUGUCAGUCAAUGUGGCGUCACAAAGUGAAGUUACCUUUGAGCUGGUUUAUGAAGAAAUGCUGAAACGUCAGUUUGGGAAAUAUGAAAUGUUUAUCAAAGUUCAGCCAAAAACAAUUGUCAAAACCUUCCAGAUUGAAGUAGAUCUACAUGAGUCACAAGGCAUCAGCUUUCUAGAUGCUCAGGCGACUUUCAUUACAAAUGACUUGCUGCCAGCUAUCAAAAAAUCUUUCUCUGGAGAAAAGGGCCAUGUUUCUUUUAAACCCACAAUAGAUCAGCAACGAUCCUGUGCUAACUGUUCAACUACACUACUGAAUGGUGAUUUUAUUGUGACGUAUAAUGUUAACAGAGAAUCUCCGGGAAACAUACAGAUUGUGAAUGGAUAUUUUGUUCACUUUUUUGCACCCUCUAAAUUGACUUCUGUGCCAAAAAAUGUCAUUUACGUCAUAGACAGAAGUGGAUCAAUGUGGAAUAGAAAAAUGGAGCAGACAAAAGAAUCCCUGCUUACAAUUCUUAAUGAUACGUCGACGUAUGAUUACAUUAAUUUCAUACAAUUUGAUGAUAAAAUUGAAGUGUGGAAAGAUUCGUUAGUGAAAGCAACUCCAGAGAACAUUGAAGAGGCCAAACAGUAUGUCAACUCCAUAACAAGUCGUGGUUUAACAAACAUCAAUGAUCCCCUAAUGAAGGCUGUCCAGCUGCUGAAUAAAGCACAUGAAUCUAAAGAGGUUCCCGAGAGAAGUGUUUCCCUAAUUAUCCUGCUGACUGAUGGUGAAGCCAACGCAGGUGAAUCUAACCCUGCAAGAAUCCAAGAGAAUGUAAAGAGAGCCAUUCACGGAAAAUAUACCCUCUACUCGCUUGGGUUCGGCCAUGGAGUUGAUUAUGCUUUUCUAGAGAAGUUGGCCUUGGAAAAUUCAGGGAUUGCUAGACGGAUUUACGAAGACUCAGAUGCAGCCUUGCAGUUAGAGGGGUUUUAUAGGGAAAUUGCAAACCCAACAUUGGUGGACGUUGAAAUGCAAUAUCCUGACAAUUCCGUAGCUGACCUCACUCAGAACAACUUCAAACAUUACUUUGAGGGUGAUGAAAUUGUGGUUGCCGGACGCUUAACCAACAAUGACUUGAACUCAUUUAUUGUAGAUGUACAGGCAGAAGGGGCCGACAAAUCUCUAAAAUAUACAGAAAAUGUUCAGCUGCAGGAACAGGAUGAGGUGAGAAAGCAGCAGGAAUACAUCUUUGGUGACUUCACAGAGAGGCUCUGGGCUUACCUCACUAUACAGCAGCUGCUGGAGAAACGAAUUUAUGCUGACCCAUCAGAGAAAGCCAACUUGACAGCACAGGCGCUUGACCUCUCCCUGAAGUUUAACUUUGUGACACCUCUAACAUCGAUGAUAGUCACAAAACCAGAGGAGAAAGAGAAGGAAGCAGAAACAUUAAUUGCUGAUAAAUUUGUGGAAGGACAAGGACAAGGGUAUUCUGUGAAUGUACCUCCCAGAGCACAACAGAGCCUUAUCUCUCAGACUUCUUCUUCGCCAUCAAACUGGGUUGACUCAGACCCCCAUUUUGUGAUAAAUGUUCCCCAAAAGAAGGACGCGCUCUGCUUUAAUAUUCAUGAGGAUCCUGGUGUGGUGCUGAAUCUCAUUAAGGACCAAGAACUAGGCAUUGCAGUAAAUGGGGAACUCAUUGGAAAAAACAAAACAGACAAUAAUGUCAUAUCUAAUGGAACCUAUUUAGGAAGACUGGGGAUUGUAAACAGACAGAUGAGACUGAGAAUUGAGGUGACCCCUGAGAUAAUCACUAUCCUCAGUGAUGAAAAGAGGAAAACAUUCACAUGGCAGAACACAACAUCUAUAAAGAGAGAAGGGUUUAAUUUGGAUAUCAACAAGGACAAGAAUGUGACACUUUCAUUUGGAGAAGGGGCGACAUUUGUUAUUAUUUUGCAUAAAGUUUGGAAAAAAAACCCUAUCUACAAGGAUUUCUUAGGAUUUUAUACUUUGGAUGAUCAUACAUUUUCUGCAGGCGUUCAUGGACUAUUAGGUCAAUUUUUUCAUGGCAUCAAUUAUGAAAUUUCCAAUAUUCACAAAACGGACAAUCCUGAAAAGCCAGAUGCGACAAUGAAAGUAAAGAAUAAGCUGCUGACAGUGACAAGAGGUGUACAAAGUGACUACAGAAAAGACCCCAGGAAUGGCAGUAAGGUUCCAUGCUGGUUUAUCCAUUCCAAUGGAGAAGGGCUAAUUGAUGGAAGUCAAAAAGACUAUAUUGUGCCUGAUAUCUUCAGCAUUGCUUAGGAGAAACAACAUAUCAGAAUUAAUUGAGGUGAUUCAGAAUAAUUAUUUUCUCAUAGAGGUGCGUCAAGCAUAAUAAAUGUGUAAACGUACGCACAAGUAUACUAUAAAAUUGUAUCAUCAGUGUUACUAAUACAUGUUAGUUGUAACAUUUACACAAUAUUAUAAUGUAAUGACGUGUCAUGUGUACAGGAGAAUAUUGCCUGCAUUUGUUUACAAAGCUGCAUUUUCAGUUAUAUGCAAUAAAUAUAAUGAAAUAAAA